CGCACCUGGUCAGGUGAACAGUGUUCAAUAAUAUCACUUGUAUUUAAAUGACGUACCGAGAUUUUUGAAUUUCCAAGCGCGAGCCACAGUUACCGAUAUGGGUGAUAUAAUCGAAAUGACCGGUGGUGGGACCAAUAUGGCGUAUCACGGUCUCAGUCAGCAUGUAAAUUUCGAUGCGAUACCAGACCCUGGCGAUCGUUUUGUGUUGGAAGAAUUGAUAGGCGAGGGAACGUACGGGGAAGUUUAUUCCGCGCAUUGCAACGAAACUGGCAAUAAAGUUGCAAUCAAGAUACUGGAGAAUGUUGCUGACAACAUAGAAGAGAUCGAAGAAGAAUAUCUCGUGUUAAGGGAUUUGUGUCUUCACCCGAAUAUUCCACACUUUCAUGGUUUAUUCCUGAAAAGGGCGAAGCCUGGUCAGGAAGAGGAUCAACUAUGGUUCGUCAUGGAGUUAUGCACCGGAGGAUCGGUGACCGAUCUCGUGCAGGGUCUCAAGAGAAAAGGAAGACGUCUAACGGACGAACAAAUAGCUUACAUUCUCAAAGAAACGGUGGAAGCGUUAAUUUAUUUACACAGCAAUCACUGCAUGCACCGUGACGUUAAAGGACAUAAUAUUUUGCUUACCGAGGAUGCGCAUGUUAAAUUGGUUGACUUCGGUGUGGCUUCGCACCUUGCUGCCACGCUCGCGAGGAAAAACACGUCUGUCGGGACACCGUAUUGGAUGGCACCUGAGGUAAUAGCUUGCGAGCAACAACUGGAUUCCUCUUACGAUUCUCGUUGCGACGUAUGGUCGGUUGGGAUCACAGCGAUCGAGUUAGCAGAGGGUGAUCCGCCCUUGUCCGAACUCCAUCCUAUGAGGGCACUGUUUCAAAUACCUAGAAACCCACCCCCAUCUUUGAAAACCCCAGACAUGCAUACGCCAGAGCUGCUGGACUUUAUCACGGAAUGUUUGGUGAAAGAUCUCGAACAUCGACCUUUCGCCAGCGAAUUAAAAGAGCAUCCUCUAUUGGUGAACAUUGAGGCCAAUAUGGAAAAGACCAGAAUCGAACUGAGGGAAGAGAUUCGUCGGCAAAGAGCGUUUGGCAGGGUUCACAGACAACCGGAAGUGACCACCAAGCAUGGAAAAUUGAAGACUGAUCGAAAAACCAGACCGGAGAAAAUGUAUAUGGACGAUCUGGCUGCUCUGGACAUGUUAACGGAAGAUGGAAUCGUCGAACAAUUGCAGCAUAGAUACGAACAGGGUCAAAUAUACACGUAUAUCGGUGACAUACUCGUUGCAGUUAAUCCGUUCACGAAUUUGGGAUUGUACACAGGAAUUGAGCAAAAGAGAUACAAAGGCCAAGCGAGAUCGGACAAUCCGCCGCACAUUUUCGCUGUCGCCGAUGCUGCCUAUCAAGCGUUGCUGCAUCAGCGACAAAAUCAAGCGAUAGUUAUCAGCGGCGAAUCCGGAGCUGGAAAAACCGAAAGCGCGAAUCUGCUAUUAAAGCAAUUGGUGUACCUCAGCAAAGCGCCGAAUCGUAGUUUAGAAGAAAGAAUUCUACAAAUAAAUCCAAUAAUGGAGGCUUUCGGUAACGCGACUACUGGGAUCAAUGCAAACUCGUCCAGGUUUGGGAAGUACUUGGAUCUAACGAUGACCAAAGGCGGCAAAGUCACUGGCGCCAGAAUAUCUGUAUACUUGUUAGAACAGUCUCGAGUAGUGGCUCAAGCUGAAGGCGAGCGUAAUUUCCACAUAUUUUACUACAUGUACGAUGGCCUGGAGGCAGAUAAUCGUUUGUCGGAGUUCUAUCUGGACGAAAACCUUCGAAAGCAACACCGAUAUCUCAUGGAUCAUAGUCAAACGUCCCAGGCGCAUAUCGAUAAGUUCAAACAGUUAAAGAAUGGCUUUAAGUUGCUCGGAUUUCAAGACAGCGAGGUGGACACGGUUUACCGAAUUCUGGCUGCCGUGCUUCAUCUUGGCGAUAUUGAGUUUGGCGAGGUAGCCAGCGAGGACAAUACCGAUAAUAAGAGUCGAGUAAUUGACACAGCACCUUUGCACAGAGUUUCCCGAUUGCUUGGCAUCGAAGAGAACGAUCUUCUAGAAGCCUUAACAUCGAAUUCGGUUAUGACCAGAGGGGAAACAAUCACGCGGAACAAUACAGUGGCAGAGGCGUGUGCAGCGAGAGACGCCAUGGCCAAAGGACUUUACGGUCGAUUGUUCGACUGGAUGGUCAAUCAAAUCAACUGUUUGCUAUGCUUCAAUCGUUCCCCGAAUUACGAGCCGUUGGCCAUUGGUCUCCUCGACAUUUUCGGAUUCGAGAAUUUCCCUAGAAAUUCCUUCGAGCAAUUGUGCAUUAACAUCGCCAACGAACAGAUACAGUAUUACUUCAAUCAGCAUAUCUUUACGUGGGAGCAGCAAGAAUACAUGGCAGAGGGAAUACCGGUGGAUCUGGUCGAGUUCUCGGACAACAGACCAGUCCUUGAUAUGCUUUUAAGCAAACCUAUGGGGCUUUUGGCCCUUUUGGACGAGGAAAGUCGUUUUCCUAGAGCCACGAAUAAAUCUUUGAUCGAGAAAUUCCACAGCAACAUCAAAUCCAAGUUUUACGUACGACCGAAAUCGGACGCGGUUUGCUUCGCGGUCCACCACUUUGCAGGGCGCGUGGUUUACCAGGCAGAAGGAUUUUUAGAAAAGAAUAGAAAUUUCUUGCCCCCCGAAGUGAUACAGCUGGUCAGGCAGUCUCAGUACGACAUGGUUCGCUUUUUGUUUCAAUGCCCGAUCACGAAGACUGGCAAUCUUUACUCGGCGGUACACGAAACCGAUUCAAAGAAAUUGUCGCAAUCGAAUCAGAACACAAAGGAACGUUAUUCCAGCCGGGGAUUAGCGUCGCAGUCCAGGGCUCAACAAACGGUGGCGACGUAUUUCCGAUACUCGCUAAUGGAUUUGUUGCAAAAAAUGGUGUCGGGGUUGCCGCAGUUUGUGCGUUGCAUAAAACCAAACGAUUCGAGGAGCCCGCGAUUCUUCGACAAAGAAAAGGUCGUGAAACAAUUGAGAUACACCGGAGUCCUCGAGACAAUACGAAUUCGACAGAAUGGCUUCUCGCAUAGAAUACCAUUCAACGAAUUCUUGAAAAGAUAUUGCUUCUUGGCAUUUGGUUAUGACGAACGAGUGAUGGCAAAUCGCGACAAUUGCCGUCUUCUUCUCAUCCGCUUAAAAAUGGACGGAUGGGCGUUGGGUCGAACAAAAGUGUUCCUCAAAUACUAUCACGUCGAGUUUCUUUCGAAAAUGUACGAGGAACAGCUUAAGAAGAUCAUAAUGGUCCAGGCGUGCGUUCGUCGAUGGCUCGCCAGGAUCAGAUUCAAAAAACAGAAAUGGCAAUUCGCUGUGUCCGUUGUUACUUUGCAACGUCACAUUCGUGGAUGGCUAUCGAGAAAGCAUUUGCUCGAGGAGCUGAAGAAAAAGCAAGAAGAAGAGGAAGAAGCCUCUGUUCUGCUAAAAGCGCAAGAAGAACAGGAAGCAAAAGCUAAAGCUGAGAAGCUGGCAGAAGAAACUGGCGAGGUGAAAGAAAAGGAACCACUGAAAGAAACCGACGCUGCCGUCAUCAUCCAAAGUCACUUCAGAGGAUACACUAUCCGCAAACGUUUCGGGCCCGAACUGGAGGAACGCUUUAAGAGAAUCCUGAACGGUCACAACGACAAGUUCGAAGCUCACAAGGCGUUGUUGCGGGAAGGUUUGAAGAACGCUGAUGCCGCGUUCAUUGUCCAGCGAUGGUAUAAGAAGGAAGAAAAAGUUAAAAAGAGGAAGCCAUCUCCGAGAGACAGCGUACAUCCUAAACUAAGACAAGCUGAUCUUAUACAAUUCUCUCAAAACGUCCACAUGAAGAACCAAGAACUGCACAAGUAUCAACGUCGCAAUAAACCGGGUGUCCGAUUAAACGAUAUCGACGAACCACCACCGGAUUACGUGCGCCCGGAAGGAUUCAGCAUGGUUCAACCUAUCAUGCGAUAUCGAAGUGGCACUCAAGUGGAAGGGGAGGAGACCAUUAAGUACUAUCACGACUUGAAGAACGAGAUGAGCAGUGGUUCGGACUUCGAAGACGACGAAGUUGGCUGGGACUUACCGUUGAUACAGCUAGAAAAUGACCUCCACCCAUUGUCGAGGAGUCGAAUGGGUCAGAUUUUAGAAGUGAACGCCGAGAGGAGAGAACGCUUGGAAGCUCAGGGCAACUAUGCGAUAGCUUCGGAGCAACAGCUUUCGGAUAUAUGGCACAAAGCUUUGAGAAAUCCAGGCGAGGUGGCACAACAAGAAGACAACUCAGCCAAAGUGAGUUCAAGGAUUAAUCACGUGCCUAACAACAACCUGCGGCCCUCUGAGGGCUAUCCACACCGUAAACAACCUGGAGUCAACUCUUCGAAUAUCAACAAUACAAAUGGCUUACGAUCCAGAUACGUCGACAGACACAACGGUGUAAACGAACAUCAGCAACCAAUCAAUAGUCACCAGCGUAAUGUCAACGGAUCUUCCGUAAAUGGAAACCAGAACGCAUUUAACGGACACUCCAGUUUCACAAAUGGCCAUACCACUUUCAUCGAUGGUCACAAAAAUAAUAGUCACAGCCCUCUGAACGGACACGAAACCCCCAUUAAUGGCCAUAUAAAUUCCGUGAACGAACAUUCUUCCCCGAUCAGUCGCGUGGCUAAAGUCAAUGGUCAUCGAAACAUUGUCACUGGUUGUCAAAAUGGUUUAUACAUUAACAGAAUGGUUGCAAAUGGAUUAGCCAAUCAGAGUGACUCGAACAGACAGUCUGGAUUCGCCAAUGGCGUUAAGAAUAAUUUGAACGAUCGGAAAGGAACGAAGGUUGCGAAGGAGAAUAGCGACGUCGAGAAAAAUCGACAAAUUGGAGUGGAUAGUAAGAAUGGAAUCAAUCGAUCUGUUGUCGGUCAAAACGCUUUGGGUGGCCGGGUGGGAAUGAGAAAAGAAAUGGGGAAGGAUGUGUUCGGUAUUCCAGGUGAUCUUAGACAACUUCUGAGGCCCACCGUCGUGCAAAAGCGGCAAGAAAUCAUCAAAGUCGAUUACGAUCCGGAAGAUAUCAACGGACCAUAUAAUUUUAGACAGCUUUUGAGACCAGCCGAGUACCUUCCGACCGAAUCUUUGAGAAAGAGGAAGGGUGGACUAGCUUGCAACGGAGUUCCAGUGACGAAGGAUAAAAUUUCAGAGAAACAUGUAAAAAGAAGGGCUCCGCUGGCACCGAAUCAAAAUAAACUCGUUAACGUAAAAAAGUAACGUUACGUGAUGCCUGAACGUUCAAAAAUUUCUUAGAGCACAGGCAGUUAGAUAAUUUAUUUGCUAAAUACGAGAUAUUAAUCAGCACAGUGAUUAGAAAUACGGAGUGUUUGGAGAAAGGGGUUUAGAAAUUCAGAAGCAUAUAAACUUUGUUCGUAAAAUAUUGCUUGAAAUAAUUAUGAAAUAUUUUUGUUUACUCGGAUUUUAUCAUUUCUUUUUUUUUAUGAAAAAAUUAUACAUCAGUGUUAGAAAUUCAUAGUUCAGGUGAAAUUUUUUUGAUAGAAUUUAAUAAUCUACGUUAAUUCGACAUUUUUUGUUUACUUUCAGGUAUAUCAUACGCUUCUAAAAUCCUGAACUCUCUUAAACACACUGUGCGUAAAAGCAGCAUUCAUCUCAUCCCUAUAUAGAUGGUAUUACAAAUUUUCAACAAGAUUACUGUAAGGAUCGUGAAAUACAAUUUAUUUUAAAUUCGUUUACGAUUUUUCUUAUUUUUUUUUUUUUUUAUCUAUAAAGACGCAAUUGUUUAAUGGCCGGAAAAAAAAAUCGUCAGUUCAUUUUUACUUCGCCACGGAGUGCUGCUGCUUAAUAAAACGUGUUUCAAUGAUAAUCUAUGUUUAGAACUAGUCAUGUGUAGCUUUACAAAAGACUUAGAUGUAUUCGAUAGCGUUAAAAAAAAUUUGUUCCCGAAGUUUUAACGGUGUUUACCUCGUAUCAUGACAUUUAUAUUAAAUAACUUAACUUGUAAUGUAUGACUUAUACGAUUAAUCGACGAGGCUGUUUAUUAGUGCCUCGUCUCGUUAAAUAUUUACGAAAACAUCUUGAUUAGUGGCUAUUAUCAAAUAUUUGUUAAAUAUUAUUCACUGAUACGUAUGU